UAGCGGAUAUUAAUAUCUCAACUGGCAAACUCCCAUACUCAACUGAGUGAUCACCCACUCUUUUCCGGCCACCGAUCAAUUUUCCGUCCAAAUUCGAGAAGGACUGUCUUCCUCCCUUUUGAAACAAGAAAAAUCCCAGAGCAAACAUCAGACAAAUAUAAAUACUUUAACCAAACAAUGAAAUCCAUAUAUUUCUCCUUCGCAACCGCAACGGCAACCAUCUCGAAUUCCGAUGACCUUCGUAGGUCGCAAGCACGUUUCCCUCAGUCAGUUCCAACCCCUAAUUUUCCUCUCAAAAGAACCCAGCGUUCGCUCGUUAUUCUAAGAUCACAGUCUUCUUCGGAGACACGAGGGAAUCAGCAAGGACAAGACCCAGAAACCCUAGUGCAAGACCUGAGAGUUCCGGACUACUGGUUACUCCCUUCCAAGGCCUUGGAGGAAUCAGAAUGGCUCAGGGUUACCCUGCAUAAAUGGUUGGAUGAUGAAUACUGCCCAGAGGAAACAAAUGUGGAGAUCAGCAAGGUUGCUGCCCGGUCGUACUAUGAAUCUUUGUUAGAGAAACAACCAGACAUCGGUGAGAUCCUUUUGAAGAUGGCUAGAGAACUAGAAUCCAUUUCUUAUCAGGAAAGCUUCCAUGGGGCAUUCUCGUCAGCAAAUGCAGCAAUCAACUUAAUUAUUCAACGGAUAGAGCAGCAGUAGGUUGAGUUCUUGACCAGUUGAAGGUCUGAAGAGUGCUCGGCAAGCUCUGGGUCAAUUUAGGCUGUUCAGCGGUGGCCUAGGCAGUGAUCUUCACCUUAAUCUGUUUCCUUAAUUAUCUCUGGGAACAAUGAAUUACAUGUUUCCAUCUGUUAUGCAACCUCAUGUAGCAAAACUUGAGGUGAUUUUGGUUGAUUCUUUGCAGCUCCAGAAGACUUCAUGCGCAAAGUUGUUAUGGACCAAUUCUGAUCUUGAGGAAUACCAUGCUGAAGAUCUCUUCCGGAGUGUUUUAAGUUCAAAAUCUGUGAAGUUCACUACAUUUGGCUUUUAUGGUGAACAGAUAGCGGUUCCUAACUUAAAGCACUUACAACAGAGUGCCCCAUGCAAAUUCCAUGCUAGUUUAAGACUCCAUAAGUUGUGCUAGUUUUCAUUAAAUAUAACAGUUUAUCCAAAUUGUUUGAUGGAUAGUAGUAUGUGUGUUUGCCAUGUCUCUCGAAAUCAGGCUGAUGUAUGCAUCUUCACCCCUGAACCCCAAAAAUAGCUUUGUGAACUGGUGCUGGCAAAAAUCCAACUCCUCCCUUGUUCAA